CUUCUGUCAUUCAUUGUCCUGUCUUUUGUACCUUUAAUUUCUCAAGAGCUUCUUUCCAUCUCUUAAAUAAAUCAAAAGAUGAGUAGUUUAGUUGCUAGUGCAGCCGGUGAGGUACUUGGUCCAAGGCCCGGUAAAGCAGCGUGCAGUUUCUGUCAGGGAGUCCUGGAGAUGGUACUUCGAGUUGGAGCUCUGGUUCUUGGUGUUUUGUCAAUCAUAGUUGGUGCACUAGUCAUCGGUUUCAAUACUGAAUACGAAGCAUCAACUAACGAGGAUGAUCUUAAUACUACACAGGCAGUGACUAAUGCAGCAGGAGCUAUUGAUGUUGCAUCUGGUGCCCUUGUGGUAGUCUGGGCUCUCGUGAUGAUCAUACUUCGUAUUUGCAACAUUGGGCUCCUUAACCUGAAGAGCAAAAUAUUCCUGGCUAUUGAUAUUAUCAUUACUAUUGUUUUGGCUGUGAUAUCAAUUGCUGGUGGUAUCAUAAGUGCUGUAGGAGCUCCUGAUUGGGACAGUCUCAAUGGAAAUGACUCUGAUGCAGUAUAUGCUUCACUGAUAGCCGCCUCUAUUGUGUGCUUGGUUACUGGAAUAUACCUUGUCCUGCUUGUCAUUUUUAUGAUCAUUUACAUCUCAAAAGAAUGGAAUGAUAAAAUUGUCAAGUACACCAUUAAAGAUGCAGUCAUGGGUUGAGGGAACAAGCCGUGGGUGAAGAGGGUGGUUAAUCUUAAAAAUUAAAAAAAUAUAUAAUUAUGAUCAUUUUUUGAACUGAUUACAAAAUAACAAUCAUUAUAGUAUAGUACUGUUAUCGUUAUAUAAAAAA